UUCGAGAGAGUUUUUCAAACUUUCUUUUUCAUAAAUGUCAUUAUCUAGGAUUUAACCAUCAUCAUGAAAUUGGUUCAUGUAUUGGACUGCUCUUUUUCGCAUUGUAAUUACAGGUAAUCCUGGUUCUGUGGGGCCUAUCAGAAGAUCUCGGCGACGGGCAGCUCAAAAUCACACUUUGAUUGCAAACAGAAGUGAGGGCAAUGCACAACCGGUGGGGCACCGUAGGCGCCAAACAGCUAAUACUGCCCGUUUCCUCAGCACAUACACAAUCAGCAGCUGCUUCUUGGAGUAUAACAGCACCAAACAACACAGUGUCCAUCCCAGAACUUGCUGCGCAACUGUUCCAGUAUAUGCAGGAGGCAGGUUUCUCAAUUAACCCUCCACCAGCACAUGUGAAUGCCACAAGCAGGCCAGAUGAGGACAUUGCUGUGGCGACACCAGAGGUCCAGCUCCCCCGAACGGUUACAUCAACACCAGUCCCAGCAAUGGUUACAGCAUCACCCAGGGACAUCAAUACAAACACACUGAACUUUCCGUAUAGUUCACACAUCAUUCCUGCUGCCGCAGCUGGAUCGGGAAGUCAGGUGGCAACACAGCCAAUUAUUCAAUCUGUAACUGAAGCCAGGCUACAACCUCAACAAGUGCCUCAAACAGUGACUCAACUAACAAACUUUCCAGGACCUAAUGGCAAUUCGCGGACACAGCCAGUGUCUUUUUCAACGGUUUUCCAGGAUGUAGCUGGUGGACUCCUUUCGCCAACUAGCCCCACAUAUGGAGGUUCAUCCAACACCAAUACCAACCCAGUUCAUGCACAUUUAACCAAUACCAUUCAUUCCUUGCUGAUGAAAGCUACAUCAGUAGACUUUCCGUACCUAUGA